AUGUCUAAGCUCAUUGACGAAUUUUGUGAGACUGGUUACUUAACACUGACCGGAAGAUCUGGCGAAGGAGGGCUCAUGAAAACAGAUGUCAUACCAAUGCGCAAUAGUUCUCGCUCUUUGCGCUAUACCUUUGCGGCAUAUCAAGCGAGCUUGGUGGAGGAAUAUAGGCAUUUGAUGCCUACAUACCUGCAGAUGGGAAUUUCUGGUUAUAUCGAGGAUCUCCACUCGCCCGAUGGCUUUAAUGCCGAUUCAACACUCGCAACAGGUAUCCUACUGUGCAGCGUGAGCUUGUCGGCUCUCUACACCUGGACGCCUCUGAUCCGAGGGCUUCAUGCGGUCCUCCAGCAGCGAGAGCUCUUAAGCACUGCUCAGGGCUCGCCGCUCACCGAUCAGUUCAUAGAGGUAAUUGGCCUACUAGAUGUUCAGCACUUCACGUUGAAUAGGUUUAGCGAGUCACUGAGAAUAUGGUCCACUUGUGUGGCGCCCAGGGGUUUGACUGGUGUCCAGGAAACAUCUGGUCUCCCGUACUCACUCCUAAAUCUGAUCUGUGAACUAGACCUGCCUGGAUCUGAAGAAAAGCUUCAUAGCUGGCCAGGGGAGCCUUGUCAAGAACUCAUUCAAGUCCAUUUGUGGGAGGCGUUCCGCAGUGCGGCGAUACUUCAUUGCAGGGUCAUUCAAUCCCGCAAGGACACUACUCCUCAUCGUGAGGCCAUGAACAUAGCAUCACCGUGCAUGACCAACGACGAUCUAUUAAGAUUGAAGGUCUUGGCAGCUUGCCAGGCCAUCAUGAGCCCUAGAAAAGAGUCAUUUCCGGAUGUCCAGCCGCUUGGAGCCGCGCUGUUAUAUCCCCUUUUUAUCGUUGGUCUAUUCACGGAAGAGGACACUGUCGCACGAGGCGCCACUAAAGACUUGUUCUCAUUUCUGACGAAGAACUGGGAGAGUUACCAAAACACCCUCGUGUGGGAAAUCGUUACGCAGGUGUGGGAAAGAUCGACAACGCGGCCUGAUACUUGCAGACUCAAACUUGCUGAAGAGUUCGCCGCUGAGCUCAAUAUCGAGAUUUAUUUGUAUUAA